UUGGUUGUUGUAGUGAUAUCAUCUGCAGUAUUCAGGUUCCUUGUUUUACCGGUUGGGUCUUCGGGCAGUUGGGCAACUCCUGUGCUGUUAAAUUCAAUGAAUAGAAACGCGUCUCCGUGGAUCUCCUUUUAAAGGUUGAGUCGCAUGCGAGCGGGUUUGCCUGAUUGGCUUUGCGAGGAGGCAAUGGGUGGUCGAUGCCCGCCCCUAACGGUGGGAAAGAGCAAAUGGGAGCCCGGUGUAGGCGGAGACCCGAACCCGGCUCUUAAAGCGAGCCCGGUACAGUGGCAUCAUUGGAGCGGGGCUGGGGCAGAAACAGCUCGCCGCUACCUGUGCCCUUGGAUAGCGGAGUCCCGAAAGCUGUCUCGCCUUUGAUCGGGUCACAUCGCAGACUUCAGCAAUCGAUUGGUUUAGUGGAGGUUGGCGAUGCUAAAGAUCGGAUACACAUUGUUGGGCGGAUUGUAGCCGAGCGCUUCACCUGGGAAUAAAACUUGCAGCGAGCGAAACUCCAUCAGAAACGACCCCAGCAGAAUAAGAUGGCAGCGUGCAGAGGGGCGAGAAGGUACUCCAUCUUCCUCUUGCUGUUGUCGGUGGCGUCCGGGCGGCGGGAAGCCACGAAUCUGGAGUAUAAAUCCUUCGAAGGGGAGAACGCGGACUGGGCGUUCAACCACUUGUCGUUGGACGAGCGCACUGGCAGCGUGUACUUGGGGGCGGUGAACAGGAUCUACAAACUGUCCAGCGACUUGCAGCUGCUGGUGGUGCAUCAGACGGGGCCGGACGAGGACAACCCGGACUGUUACCCUCCCCGCAUUGUGCAGCCGUGCAGCGAGCCGCUCAGCCUGACCGACAACGUGAACAAGAUGCUGCUGAUAGACCAAGGCGAGAGGCGGCUGAUCGCCUGCGGCAGCCUGUACCAGGGCAUCUGCAAAGUGCUGAGACUCAACGACCUCUUCAAGCUGGGCGAGCCCUUCCACAAGAAGGAGCACUACCUGUCCGGGGUGAACGACAGCGGCUCGGUCUUUGGGGUGAUCGUGGCGGGCCAGGGUCACAGCUCCAAGCUGUUUGUGGCCACGGCGGUGGACGGCAAGCCCGAGUACUUCCCCACCAUCUCCAGCCGCCUUCUCGCUGCCAACCCCGAGGCGGACGAGAUGUUCUCCUACGUGUUCCACGACGAGUUCGUGGCGUCGCUCAUCAAGAUCCCCUCCGACACCUUCACGGUCAUCCCCGACUUUGACAUCUACUACAUCUACGGCUUCAGCAGCUCGGCUUUCGUCUACUUCCUCACCCUCCAACCCGAGGUGGUCCACGCCGGCCCCGGCUCCACCCGCCAGAGGGUCUACACCUCCAAGCUGGUGCGCCUGUGCCAAGCCGACACCACCUUCAACUCCUACGUGGAGAUCCCCAUCGGCUGCGUGAAGGACGGGGUGGAGUACCGGCUGCUGCAGGCUGCCCACCUAGCCAAGGCCGGCCCGGUGCUGGCCAAGUCCCUGGGCAUCAUCCCCGGCCACGACGACGUGCUCUUCGCCGUCUUCUCCAAGGGCCAGAAGCAGCGCAGCCAACCUCCCGACGAGACAGUCCUGUGCAUGUUUGUGCUCAACACCAUCAACGAGCGCAUCAAGAGGCGCCUGCAGUCCUGCUACCGGGGCGAGGGCUUGCUGGACCUGGCCUGGCUCAAAGUCAAGGACAUCCAGUGUGUGCCCGCGCCUGUUCCAAUCGACGACAAUUUUUGUGGCUUGGACAUUAAUGCCCCAUUAGGCGGUUCCACCCUCAUGCAGGGCAUUCCCCUGUUCUCAGAGGAGAAAGACAGGAUGAGCUCGGUGAUUUCGUACAUUUACAACAACCAUUCGCUGGUGUUUGUGGGCACGAAAAGUGGCAAGCUGAAAAAGAUUCGAGUAGACGUGGCCUCUCACGGCGGCAGGCAGUACGAGACCAUUCAAGCCGUGCAGAGCGGUGCCAUCCUGCGUGACAUGGCUUUGUCCGUUGACCACCAGUACCUCUACAUCAUGUCACAGAAGCAGCUGACCAGGGUCCCCGUGGAAGCGUGUGGGCAGUACAAGACGUGCACGGAUUGCUUGGGAUCGGGAGACCCUCACUGCGGCUGGUGUGUGCUCCACAACACGUGCACGAGGAAAGAUAUGUGCAAGCGCUCCACCGAGCUCCGAAGGUUCACCUCCGACAUCAGGCAGUGCGUCCGCCUCAGCGUGAGGCCCAGCAACAUCUCCGUCUCUCAGUAUAACGUGGUGCUGGUGCUGGAGGCACACAACGUGCCUGAGCUCACCGCGGGGGUCAACUGCUCGUUUGAGGACUUUGCAGAGAUGGACGGCCUGGUGAUGGGGAAUAUCAUCAAGUGCAUCUCGCCGGCCAAGAGAGAGGUGCCUCGGAUCCAAACGGACGAAGGAGACCACCAAGUGGUCCAACUCCAGCUGAAGUCCAAGGAGACCGGCAUGACCUUCGCCAGCACCAGCUUUGUCUUCUACAACUGCAGCGUCCAUCACUCGUGCCUGUCAUGUGUGACCAGUCCCUAUCGAUGUCACUGGUGUAAAUAUCGACACGUGUGCACACAUGACCCACGGUCGUGCUCUUUCCAGGAGGGCCGGGUCAACGUCUCGGAGGACUGUCCCCAGCUGCUGGCUGCUGAGAAGAUACUGAUGCCAGUGGGAGUGGUGAGGCCCAUCACUCUGAAGUCCAGGAACCUUCCGCAGCCCCAGUCUGGCCAGCGUGGCUAUGAGUGCAUCCUAAACAUCCAGGGAGUUGAGCAGCGAGUGCCAGCCUUACGCUUCAACAGUACCAGUGUCCAGUGUCAGAAUACUUCAUACGCGUACGAUGAAACUGCGAUCAACAACCUCCCGGUGAGCCUCUCCGUGGUCUGGAACGGCAACUUCAGCAUCGACAACCCAGCGCACAUCCAAGUGCACCUGUACAAGUGCGGAGUGUUGCGUGAGAGCUGCGGGCUGUGCCUGAAGGCUGACCCCAACUUUGAGUGCGGCUGGUGCAAGGGGGACGGGCGGUGCACCCUCCGCCAAGACUGCACCGUCUCCGGGGACAACUGGCUGCAGCCGACACGUACCAACAGCAAGUGUACCAACCCUCGCAUCACCAAGAUCGUACCAGUACGUGGGCCCAGGGAAGGCGGAACUAGAGUUACGAUCUACGGGGAAAAUCUCGGCCUGAAUUUUUGGGAGAUUGAAAACUACGUCCGUGUGGCUGGAGUCGAUUGUAUCCCUUUGGAAGAAGGAUACAUUCCAGCGGAACAGAUCGAGUGCGAGAUGGACGUCGCCCGGCAUGGCCAGUACGCUGGCUUCGUGGAGGUGUGCGUGGAAGAAUGCAAGCAGGAGUUCAUGGCAAAGUCAACGCAGCGCUACAGCUUUGUGCUCUCAACUCUCACGGAUUUGACGCCCAUCAAGGGUCCGGUGUCGGGGGGGACGAUGGUCACCAUCAGAGGCAGGAACCUGGAUGCCGGGAGCAACAUCUCAGUCCUGUUUGGCCAGCAACCUUGUGUGUUCCACAGGCGGAUUGCCUGGGCGAUAGUCUGCAACUCCACGUCUGCGCCGCAGGGCGCGGGGAACAUCAGCGUCACCGUGGGGGUGGACAAGGCAAGGAUCGAGAAGGAGCUGCAGUUUGAAUACAUGGAGGAUCCCACCAUCGUUAAGAUUGAACCAGAAUGGAGUAUCGUCAGCGGGAGCACACCGAUGUUGGUCUGGGGCACCAACCUGGACAUUAUCCAGAAUCCGAAAAUCCGGGCCAAGCUGAAUGGAGUGGAGACAAUCAACGAGUGUAAGGUGUACAACGCAUCAACGAUGGUGUGCCAGGCCCCAUCCCUGGCCAUCAGUCAGAGUCAGCAGACCGACAACACAGAGCGUCCCGACGAGUUUGGAUUCAUCCUGGACAACGUGAAGACAUUAUUGAUCUACAACAACACCAACCUCAUCUACUACCCCAACCCUGUGUUUGAACCUCUCAGCACCACGGGCGUUUUGGAAUUGAAGCCUGGCUCUCCCAUUAUACUGAAGGGCCGAAACCUCAUCCCUUCCGUGGCUGCCGGUAACACCAAGCUGAAUUACACCGUGUUCAUCGGGGAUAAACCGUGCACUGUGACCGUGUCGGACACACAGCUCCUCUGCGAGUCUCCAAACCUCACCGGGCGGCACAGAGUACUGGUGCGGGUGGGCGGCCUGGAGCACUCGCCCGGGACCGUACACAUUUUCCCCGACAGCCCGCUCAGCUUCCCGGCCAUCAUCAGCAUCGGAGCGGCCGGUGGUCUCCUCAUCAUCUUCAUCAUCGUGGUCCUCAUCGCCUACAAGAGGAAGUCCCGGGAGAGCGACCUGACGCUGAAGAGGCUGCAGAUGCAGAUGGACAACCUGGAGUCACGGGUGGCCCUGGAGUGCAAAGAAGCCUUUGCAGAGCUGCAGACAGACAUCAACGAGCUGACCAGUGACUUGGACGGAACUGGGAUUCCCUUCCUGGAGUAUCGGGCUUACACCAUGCGGGUUCUCUUCCCGGGGAUUGAAGACCAUCCCGUUCUCCGGGAGCUUGAGGUUCCGGGAUACCGUCAGGAAAGAGUGGAGAAAGGUCUGAUGAUGUUUGGUCAGCUCAUCAACAGCAAGGUCUUCCUGCUGACCUUCAUCCGGACACUGGAGUCCCAGCGGAGCUUCUCCAUGCGGGACCGGGGGAACGUUGCGUCACUCAUUAUGACCGUGCUGCAGACCAAGCUGGAGUAUGCCACCGACGUCCUGAAGCAGCUGCUCUCUGACCUCAUCGACAAGAACCUGGAGAGCAAGAACCACCCCAAGCUCCUGUUGAGGAGAACUGAAUCUGUGGCAGAAAAGAUGCUGACCAACUGGUUUACAUUCCUCUUGUACAAAUUCCUUAAGGAGUGUGCAGGGGAGCCAUUGUACAUGCUUUUCUGCGCCAUCAAGCAGCAGAUGGAGAAGGGGCCCAUCGACUCCAUUACAGGCGAGGCCCGCUACUCUCUGAGCGAGGACAAACUCAUCAGGCAGCAGAUAGACUACAAGACGCUGGUUCUGAAUUGUGUGAAUCCAGACAACGAGAACAGUCCUGAGAUUUCCACAAAGACGCUAAACUGUGACACGAUCACCCAGGUCAAGGAAAAGAUCUUAGACGCCAUCUUCAAGAACUUACCUUGCUCCCAUCGACCAAAGGCCGCUGAUAUGGACUUGGAAUGGCGACAGGGAAGAAUGACCAGGGUGAUUCUUCAGGACGAAGAUGUCACCACCAAGAUAGAGAAUGACUGGAAGAGGCUGAACACACUGGUGCAUUAUCAGGUGACAGAUGGCUCAGUGGUUGCCCUGGUUCCCAAGCAAACGACGGCUUACAAUGCGGUGAAUAACUCCACUGUCUCCCGAACCUCAGCCAGCAAAUACGAAACCAUGAUCAGGUACACGGGCAGCCCGGACAGCCUGCGUUCCCGCACGCCCAUGAUCACCCCUGACCUGGAAACCGGGGUGAAGGUCUGGCAUCUGGUCAAGAACCAUGAACACGGAGACCAGAAGGAAGGAGACCGGGGCAGCAAGAUGGUGUCCGAGAUCUAUCUGACCCGACUUCUGGCUACAAAGGGGACGCUGCAGAAGUUUGUGGAUGACCUGUUUGAGACGAUCUUCAGCACAGCCCACCGUGGGAGCGCGCUGCCCCUGGCCAUCAAGUACAUGUUUGACUUCCUGGACGAGCAAGCAGACAAGCACCAGAUCCAUGACCCACAUGUGCGCCACACCUGGAAGAGCAACUGCCUCCCAUUGAGGUUUUGGGUGAACGUGAUCAAGAACCCGCAGUUUGUCUUCGACAUCCACAAGAGCAGCAUCACGGAUGCCUGCCUCUCCGUGGUGGCACAGACCUUCAUGGAUUCCUGUUCCACUUCGGAGCACAGACUGGGCAAGGACUCUCCGUCCAACAAGCUGCUCUACGCCAAGGACAUCCCCAACUACAAGAGCUGGGUGGAGAGGUACUAUGCAGACAUUGGGAAAAUGCCGGCCAUCAGUGACCAGGACAUGAAUGCCUACCUUGCGGAACAGUCCCGGAUGCACAUGGCUGAAUUCAACGCCAUGAGUGCCCUCAGCGAAAUCUAUUCCUAUGUUAGCAAAUACAGCGAGGAGAUCGUAAGUACUCUAGAAUGUGACGAGCAGUCCAGGAGGCAGCGGUUAGCUUACAAACUUGAACAGAUAGUUGCUCUCAUGUCAAUAGAGAGCUGAGUGGCACUCCCAAGGAACGCUGGGUAAAAGACGCCAAGCUGUGCCUGACUUAAGAUGGUCGCCUUUCAAGUGCAAGUUAUGAUUGGUUCAAGCAACGUCACCUUGAUCAUCUAUCUCUCCAUUACCCCUGCGUCUUCAUCUUUUAUUCUCCUUCAGUCUCUCUCUCCCUCUCUCCUCUCUCUCUCUCUCUCUCCCUCACAUUUUUUUUGGAUACGUCAAAAUGUACAUGAAAGGUUAAAACUAAAAAUAUCGCGAAUGUGGUUUGUAAAAUAGAGCAGCAAAUCUCCGGCAAAGGAAUCGCUGGCGAGCGACUCGAGAUCGCGAUGAUUUACUCGGCCGUCUUCUCCAGAGGGACUUGGCAGCCUUUCCUCUUGUGGUGUGUGAGCGCGAUGGGAACCGGGAUCGGUGGAAGAUCUCCCCGUUUUAUUUGUGGGACGCUGUAAGCGAUUUCCUUUGGGAUCGGUUGGUACCGAAUAAGGCAUCGAUUGGAGGCCUGUUCCAAAAUUAACUCCGAUCGACGCAAGAUCAGUGAGACAAGAACGUGGUCUCCAGUUCGGUUGACUUUACGGCCAGAAGUUGUGGACAAAGAAAACAAAAAAAUUGUGCAUGAGAAUUGCAAUUUAUCUGGUCUGUGAGAAGGGAAGAGAGCAUGACAUUAUUGGCAGAGGAUGGACAGGCUUGGCUUGGGGGUAUGUGUAUUCCAGAGCUGCGGACAUGGGCUGUGGUGACAGGAGAGGAGCAAUCGGAGGGUGUGUACAUAGAUGUACGCACAGUAACACAAUGGUACACGCAGGCAUCAUGUAAAAACGCAAACAUAUACAGACAUACACAUGUGCAAAAUACACACGCACACACACACACACACACACACA